UUCCAGUUUCUAUCAUUUCUCAAAACAAAUUUUAAUAUUUCAGUUUUUGAUUCGUCCGUGUCUAAAGUUUAAAAGUAGUUAAGUGAUAACACGAAAAUGUCUAACAUAAUGAGUCAUCUAACAUACGCAGAUCAACAAUUUUAAUUUUAAUGAUUUUGUAGAGGAAUAAAUCUUAAACUAUGGAUGAACUUCCAACAAAUUUUGAUGUCAUUAUCAUCGGGACUGGGGUGGUCGAAUCCAUAGUUUCAGCCGCUGUUUCACGAAUAGGAAAAAAGGUCCUUCACAUCGAUAGAAAUAAUUAUUACGGCCAGUCCUGGGGGACUUUCAACAUUGAACACUUGCUUCAGUGGCUCGAUAAUUUCAAAGUUUGUAAAGAGGCUUCCCAGACAUCCAAUCAUGACAGCAAUGGGGAAUUUAAAUAUAAAAAAAUUGAUUAUUCCAAUGUUAUUUCCAAUGUUGAAUAUGAAUGGAAUACAGUAGAAACGCACAAAGAAGAGAGUAAAGAAUGUAUCAAAGAAUCGCCUGAUGAUGAAGAGUCUGAUAAAAAAAGCCAUGAUGAAAACAAAGAGAAUGGUGUAGUUAAAACAGUUUUGUCAGAGGAAAAAAUUAAAUCGUUGUCUCGAAAAUUCAAUUUAGACAUAACACCCAAGCUUAUUCUUUCAAAAGGUCCAAUGGUCAAAUUAUUAUUAGAAUCAGAAGUUUCAAGAUACAUAGAAUUUUUAAAUGUUGCAAACAUUUUAGUUUAUUUAGAUUCACAAAUUGAACCUGUACCAUAUUCUAAAUCGGAUGUAUUUUCAUCUAGAGCAGUCAAUGUAGUAGAGAAAAGAAUAUUAAUGAGGAUAUUGACUCAAAUUCAAGAGCACAAACCUGAAAAUGACAAAUUCGAACCGUACAGAGACAAGACCUUUUUUGAAUUUCUCCAAGACCAAAAACUGCCAGUAAAAAUAACAAAUCAAAUUUUAUACAGCAUUGCAAUGGUGACAAGAGAAACGCCUUGUUUAGAAGGUGUCAAGAAUGCGCAAGACUUCCUCAGUUCGCUCGGAUUUUAUGGAAACUCUCCAUUUUUAUGGACUAUGUACGGAAGUUCUGAUUUGCUUCAAGCAUUUUGCCGUCUUAGUGCUGUGUUUGGUGGCAUAUACUGUCUUGAUAAAGCUACUGAUGAAUUGAUUUUAGAUGAAGAAAACACCUGCAAAGGGAUUGUAUCAUGUGGAAAGAAUCUUUAUUGUAGUCAUGUCGUCAUCGCUGGUAAUGAAAUUCCUUCGUCAUUCAGCUCAAAAACUUCAUUUUUAAAGUACAACAGGGCAAUUUUAAUCACAAACAAAUCACUUUACAAAAAAGGCAAAAACGGUGUAUCUCUACUUCAAUUCCCCUUAUUUGAACAAGGAAAAAAUACAUUAAAAGUGAUUGAAUUAGACAGUACCACUUGCUCCUGCCCAAAAGAUACCUUCGUCGUGCACAUGAUUAGCAUUAAGCAAGACGAUACUUACGAUGAUUUAAACUUUGCUAUAAAAUGCCUCUUUAAAAAUGAAGAUGUAGAGACUCAUGAGAAACCUGAAAUAGUUUUCAAGUGUUUUUUCACAAUUGAAAAUACAAGCUAUGAAUUUUCAAACAGCAUUCCUCAUAACGUCCAUCCGUGUUCAGGGCCGACUCCAUAUGAUAUUGAUUAUCAUUCUUCAAUAGAAGAAGCUGAAAGAAUAUUUAAGAAAAUGUAUCCUGAAGAAGAAUUCUUCGGGCCGUUACCUCCUCAGGAAGAUGAAAAAGUAAAAGAAGACAAUGUGAUAUCAGAGGACACUGAAGCCCUAUAACUAAUUAUAUAUAAUAAGAAAAAUAUAUUUAUACUGUACAUACACAACAACAUAUGUAAAUAAUAUGUAUUUAUUGUUAUCCUUUCAAUCAUUCAUUGUAUCAAUUGUUAUAUAAAUUACUUAUUAAAAAAAUUAUGUAUCACUUAGAUUUUUAAAAAUAAAUAAAAAAAGAGGCAAAAUUAAAAAGCUUGACACCACGGUGGUUAAACAGACUAAUAAAAUGUUUCUGCAAUUU